AUGGAUCCACAUUUCCUUCUCUUUCUCCUCAUUCCACUCACCGCCCUCGUGUUCCGCCACUCCUCCUUCGUUUUUCUCUUUGUCGCGACAAGUGUCGUCGCGGUCGUUGUCGCGUCCUUGGGCUUAGCUGGCUUGCAGGAGCAAAGGCCACUGUCAGUCGCGACCAUCGUGCUCACCGUCCUGCUUGAGGCUGCGCUCUCGCGUCCUCCGCUUUAUCCAUACAUCGCUGUCCGUGAGUACAUACACCAAACGCGCUCGCCAUCUGGCCCGACUCACGAACAAUGGCAACUAGAGACACUUCUGUCGCUUCUUUCGACGUUCCUUCCAUCAAUAUUUCCCCCGUUGCUAGCGCCAAGUCUAGCCCUUCCCUUUCCAGUUCUUCUUAUCCUCCUCUUCUCCCACCAGGCCUUCUCCCGGCCCUCCCACACUACCCAAUUACAAUUCCUUCCUCUCCCGCUUCCAUUCACUCUCGUAAUCGCCUCCCAACUUUGCGCGCUACUCGCCUCACUCUUCCUUCUCCUCCGCGAAACACAUCCGCACGACAUACGGGCACACGUGUACCUCCCUCUCCAGUCACUAUUCUUAGUCCUUUGCGCGAUAUUCACCAUGUCAGCUAUUGCGCUCUCUCCCCGUCGACACGACCAAUCACUUGGUUCGCCACAGUCGCAUUUAUCUGCCACGUCUACAACCACGGGCCCGUCAUACCACUACCGCAAGCCCUCCCAACGACAUUACACACUCCGUCGCUCACUGCCCACCGCGGAACUCGAUGCCAACGCCGAAGUCCCGCUCACAACUCUUCCUCCCCAUAUCAAAUCAUCACAAACUCGUAUUCCACGUCUUCAAAGACAGAAAUCACAAAGACCACGCCCACCUACUCCCCCUCCACUCCCUCCUUCGCCUCCCAAACAACGCCAGCAGAACCACCAAAUCCGCGAUCUCCUCUUCUACUCACCAUCAGAACGCGGGUCGCCUUCGAAGAAUAGGAAGUACCCGAGAUAUCCACCGCUCCCUGGCGCGGAGGGCGUUACUUCAUAUUCGUCGACUACGGGGUUGCUGGGUGAAGAUAAGAAUGGCAGUCAGAAUGAUAUGGGAGUAGGUUGCAACGGAAUAGAUACUCUGCCACUGCCCGUGAGGAUCACAACGCCGCCCAAACUUGAGAACCGCAUUUCACAACGCGUCGACGUUCAUAUUCAUUCUUCUCCUUCCAGCAAAUACACCACAACCAACGAAUACGACGAGGGCGAUGGCGACUAUUCGAGGUCCAUAUACCCACCCACUUCGGAGGGCUGUGGCGGUUCAAACUCAUCGGAAGAGACUAUUUCGCCCGUGUCGCCCGUGUCUCCAACAUCACCAACAAUCACCAUCUCACCAACCUCGCCAACUAUCGACUCUCCGAUACACAAGGUAUACACAGGCGUAUCACCAACGAAACCUAAACCAGUCUACGAGAGGAAAUUAACGCACAAGUUGACGCGUUCCAAAUCAGAUAUCUAUCCGCGGGCGCAGUAUGGGUCCCAGUAUGGUUAUUGGUUGCGAGGCGAGGGAGACACUACGCCUACAUCGCCUACCUCACCCACCUCACCCACAUCGCCAAUUUCCCCACUCUCGCCGACUAUGCCCAUUACACCAAACACACCGUACUUCCAAGCAUCAUCCACGUAUUCUCCUCCCUCCCUGGGAUUCGAGUUUGCAGACUCUCAGACAAAGUUGGGACUUGGCUUCGAGUUCGGUGAGACAGGGGAUUCGCUCAGUCAGAGGAUAGGAGUUGGGAUGCUAGGGGUAGGGACGAAGAGGGCUGUUUCCGAAGGUGGGCAUGGCCAUGAAGAUGGUCGCGGAGGCGGGGACCAGGAGGCGUAUGCAGCGCGGUUGGGGCACGCUAAUUCAGGGGCUUUGGGUGUGUCAGGGGACCUAGGAUGUUUGUCAAGGAGCAACCACGACAAGACUAAUAUGGACGAGGAAGAAGGUGACAACCGGGGCAAGGGCGAUAUAAAUGAUGAGGAGACCAAGAAGGGCGUAUCUCGGUAUAAACAUCGAUCUUCACCUGCUAUUCAUAUUCGUGCUCCUCCUGAGCCCACUCCACCUACUGCCACCACCAACAGCACUAAUACCUCGGCUGCGAGCGUCGAAACAAGCAACACCUCUGUAACCGCAGCCUCGACCGACAACGACACCGCCACCACGCCGAGCACGAACAUCAGCAGUUUAAGGAGAUGGAGUAUGAAUGCGUUGAGUGCAUUCCGACCGAGUCUUAGGGGGAGCGGGAGUGGGGGUAGGGGCAGCACAAGAAACAGGUGGAAGGUUGGGUUUGGGUACAGUGGAGGUGGAGGUGCGAGUGCGAAUGCCAUUGGCCGGGCGAGUACAAGCACGUCGACAUCUCGGGGGAGUAAGGCUAGGGUCGAAGAGGAGCGCGAAGGGAGAAAUAGGAGAGAGUUGGAAGAUCAAGCCCGCGAGGCCAUUGGAGCGGAAUGGGGACAUGGGAUUUUGGGAGACGAUGGAUUUGGCGGAGGCCGUGUUGACGCGACUCCAACUACCAAACGGCAACUUAAUGCCAGCCCUCGCCAGCCCUCCACUCGUCCAACCCCCUUAACGUUGGGCCGACAAAUCACCCUCCCCGUUCGCUCUCAAACAUCGUCUAGGUUAUCGCCUAUUGCUCCUGGUUCGCACAAUCAUCAUUCACCAAGAGAACCACGGAGAAGAACGCCGACACCGAACCAGAGCGUUAAUGUCAGCGAGGAUUUUACAUCGUUGAGGGACCCAUUCGCUCCGGGUCCUGUGCGUGUGCGUGCGAGUACUUUCGGAGUGGGGGUGGGAGCCGGUGCGUUCGAGAACGCCAAUGCUUUCGGUUUGGGGGGUGGGCCGAGCAAGAGCGCGCCACCGAGUCCUCGAUCUAUCAAGAGCAAUGGAUCAGGGAGUGGCGGCGGCAGUCCCGGCGGCAGUAGAGUGCCAAGAGGGUCGCGACGACGCGGUGGUGGUGUGGGGGUAGGGGCUGAAAGGAGGGCGAGGGAGAGGACAGUCAGCGGGAGUCCUCCCCAGGUUGGCUGUGCGGUGCAUCGGUUUGGGGGACCUGGCACGUCGUCAUCCACGCUCAAUGUCGCGACGAAUCCAACCAAUGCCAGUGGGGGGAGAAGUUUGAGGAUAUGGGGAUGGGGUGUGGUGCCAAUUCCACAAGCAACGCAGUCUGGGCGGGCAUGUACGUGUCCUUCAAGUCCUCUUGCUCCCAACGCCAGAGCGAUCAGAGAUGCCAAUGGGGGCAUCGGUGUAAAUGGAGAUGAGGACGAAGUGUCGAGAGAAGAGAGGGAAGACGCGGUCCUUGCUGAUUUAUUGUGGAGGAGGUUGACGAGAGAUGAGGGAUUGUAA